GUGAUCUCUGAAUCUCCUCGCCUCCAGGGUUAUCUCUGAUGAGAGUCUUCCAUCCAUGCUCCUCCGGCGCCCGUUAGAGCCAACCCCUCAACAGUUACUCGGAGCAGAAAAGCCAUGACGACGAUCUCUAUUUGUAUAAAUUCACUCUCUCCUCCUCCUCUUCCUCGCAGUUUCUCCUCUUCACUGCCAAACGUUAAACCCCUCUUUCACCGCCGCUGUAAAAGUAAAACCCCGAAACAGGUGAAUCGCAAAGUGAAUCAGUGCAGGGCGGACUUAUCUCACGACGCGCCAUUCGCCGCCGCAAUUGGCGCGUGUGUGCUCACUACCCUGGUUCUACCAGUGAGUAAUAGUCCGGACGAUGAUGGUGGUUCCCCUAUGGAUUCGACGGACACGAGGUUUGGUGUAAUGGGGAUUAUCAGUUUUAUACCUUACUUCAAUUGGCUGAGUUGGGUUUUCGCGUGGCUUGAUACGGGGAAGAGGCGGUACGCCAUUUAUGCUCUUGUAUACUUGGCUCCCUAUUUGAGGUCAAAUCUGUCACUCUCCCCUGAAGAAAGCUGGUUGCCCAUUUUUAGCAUUGUUGUCUGCAUUAUUCACAUUCAGUUGGAAGCAAGUAUAAGAAAUGGAGAUCUUCAGAGUUUUCAAUUAUUUAGUGACAUCUCAAAACAUCUUCAAAAACCAACAAUAAAGAAGGAUUUCCAAUCGAAUAGGCAUCAAGGAAUCUCUGAGGAGACGAAAAGGAGACGAGUAGAAAAUAAGAAUCUGCCAUCUGCUGAAGAGAAGCAUUCAAGGGACAUCCAUGAGUGGGGAGUUCAUAGAAAGCCCUUCGAGCAUCGUGAACACUUGAAUGGAGAUUGGGAUGAAGAUGGGAGGGAAGACUAAGAACAUAGCAUCUUGUAUGUAUGUAAUAUUGUGUAGUUGGUAUGCUGUCCAACUGGAGAAUCUGAUUCUCUGGAAGCCAUGGAGCCGCAUCAAAGACUACAUGCACACACUUUUGGCUUCUGGGUGGUGAGUGUCCCUACCUUUUCUCCUUUUGUCUGUUUGUGUGUGUGUGUGUGCGUCAAGGGAAGAGAUCGACCAAGCCAAAUCGAAUAAGAAUUGACAAGUAGGGUGAUCGUCAACAUUUCUGUAUUUUGCGUACUGGGUUCAGUUUCUUCCUGUUCUGCAUUUCUGUUAAAAGGAUCAUUUUGGUAAUAACAGUCGUGUUUGUAUAUAUAUAUUCCAACAAUUUGACCGUA